GGUGCGGCAAGCGGCGGGACGGUUUGCUGGCCCGGCUGAUAGUCCGUUCUGCUACAUUAAUUGCCAUCUACAGCAUCCCUAAGAAAAUAGGAGAAUGGUGAUUGGCCACGUACGGUGCUAGUUUAUGCUUUCAGAGUGUUCUUCACGCAAAGCAGCUGGCGGACAACCCUCAAAGAGGCUCAAAAGUGAAAAAAACAGUCUAGUAAAAUCAGAACUAGAAGGACUUACAUGUGCAAGUGGAAACCUUGCUGCACUGGGGGAAGUGCCUAAAACAUCUGAUGGGGAUCAACAUUCAGAAGAUCCAGGAGACCGCAAUAUAAUUCAACAGAAAAGGGGCGAAAGCAUUCCGGAGGCUGACGAAGAGAAACAGGAAAAGGAGCAUAAUGUUUCUCUCGGGCCACGUGCAGUGAAAUCAAGCAGUGCUCCAUCAAAAAUGGACAGUGAUGAAAACCUGCACGAUCAUGUCUGCAGUGAAGAGGAAAGCAGCUGUGAGAGUGUACUGUCAGAUGGGUGCAGCUUGGAGGAUGCAGAUGUCCCGAAGAAGCCGAUACAGUUAGAGGGUAGUGCUUUCUUGGAUGAAGACAGCAACCAGCCAAUGCCAGUGGACCGGUUCUUUGGAGAUGUUGAGUUUAUCCAGGAUCUCCCAGCAGUUGCACUCCCAAGCACAACGAUGAGCAGGCGAGAAUUCAGGAAGCUACAUUUCAUUGCAAAGGAAGAUGAGGAGGAGGAGGAAGAGGAUGUUGUCUAACAACAAACUGUAAACAAAUGAAACCUUUUUUCUUUUCUUUGCAACCACGUAAUGAUGGCUGGCUGUGCCACUAACAUAAGGUGUCUGUGUUUGCCUUUUCUCAGAGGCAGAACUGGUAGAGGUUUGUUUUUCUGAAAUUGGCAGAUACAGAAUUCUCCCAUGGUUAUCUGGGGCAAAGACUGACUGAAUUUUCAGUGAUUUGGAAUUAAACUGUAAUUUAUCAUUUUACCACUAAUAUUUAGGAAAAACCAGGGAAAAUAGAAGUUCUUAUUGCUUUUUUAUAAAUUUGAGCUGAUAUCUAGGGUGAACGUUUGGUCUCGCUCCUUUUUUAAAAAUAGCCAAGAAAACCAUGUUAGAACAAGGUUCUUUUUCUUUUAAUUCUGCGAUGUCUAACAUUGUGGCAUCCAGUUAGUAAUGCAGCCAGUUGACUACCCAGUAGAAGGAGGCACACAGGCCUCUGCUGUGUAAGUUGUAUUACAUUGUUGACAUCUAAACCAGAACCAAUUAAACCUCUAAAAUGCAGUUCCGCUAGCAAAACUAAAUGCAUGGAUAUCAAUGUGAAUUCAGUGGUGUUAAUCUCUGGAAGUUAAGUACGUUUUUAUUGCACAUCAGUUCUCUGAACAACCACCACAUGAAGCUGACUGCUUCCCUCUUCCACCAGACCAGCUGUAAGCAUUGCCUUUUCUAAUAGUUGUGUAAUGCAGCUCGUGCAGUAUUUUCAGUUGACUUCCAAGGGUUACGAAUAGGAAUUUCGUAAACAAAUAUACUGGUGGUAACAAAGGAGGAAUAAAAUCUCUCAGGGGCGGACUUGGUAGACAAACCAGUAUUGAUUGCUAGGGAUAUCGGUUAGUCCACUGAAAUUGUUAUUUUGGCCUGCAGUUUUAUACAACAGUGAGCAAGCUCAGAUGAUUUCAGGAACUGUUAACUCGCCCAACGUUUAUGAUAAUACUCCUUUGAAAGUGUGAUUAUGCAAUAAGCUUCCAGAUCUUUAUUGUUAUAAAUAGUUUCUUCUACAUUUCUAAAAAUACAGAAAAAAUGUUAUCAGCAGAUGGUUUAAAUAAAUAUUAAUUUCUACAGCUAUAGCCUGUUAAACAUUCAAAAGUUGUAAGCCAAACAAAUUGUAUAUGCAUGACAUGUUAAUUUAUUCACAUUUCCACUCCAGCUGAUGCAUUGUUUCUGUCAACGAUAUUUCUUGGCUCCUUUUCACUCUAAUUCUGUAACACAGAAAAAUCUAAUUUUUUAAUAGCAUAUUCAUGGUUUUCAGCACAACUCCAUCUUGAAGUAGCUCUCCCAGCUUUCCUUAAAUGCCAUAUUUGCUACCAUCUCUUUAUAGCAAAUAUGUCUUCACACGCAGACACUCACUUCGGUUUCAGCACUGUGUAAAAUGGUGAUUUUCAGUUUGUAGGAAUUGUGCCAUACAGACGACAUUGUGUUUGUCAUCAGAAUCAUAGCUGUGAUACCUUCCCCAAUCUCAACACAGUGUAGUGUGCAUUUCCAUCUUAGUUACCGAUGGCGUAUAUUCAGUAAGGCAAUCUGGAAGGAUUGAUUCAAUGCAUUGGUAUUAGAAAUCCUGUACUUAAAAUGCCCCCAGCUUACUUUUUGUGUUGAAAUGUUUGGGAGGGGGAUUGAGUUUGUUGUUUAAAGUAAAACAAUACUCUCUGUAGCAAAGCUCCUGCAUUUCUAAGACCUAGUUAUGGCUCACACAGCAAUACUAUCAUCUUGUGUGGACUAGCUGGAUUUGCCCAGGUAAGAAGAGGACCAGUAACAUGGGGGACAACGGAGUUCUUCCCUAGAGAUGAGUGAUGAUCUUUACAUAGCAGUAAAUAACUAGUGCUCCAUUCAUAAACACGUUUUCCUGCGCUCAGUCUUUCUAGUCUGUAUUGGCUGUGCUAUACUACACCUGAUUAAUCACUCCUGCACGUCUGCCUCCACAUACACACACAGAAGAAUGGUAGUAAUUUUUUUAUUUAAAAAAAAUUCACAUCAUUUACACUGACAGCCCUUAAAAGUUCAGAUGCUAUCAGCUGGUAUUUAAAAAAAAAA